AAUCUAAGUUUUUUUAAUUCUGUUGUCUUCAUCCUCCUCCUAUACCUUUCACGGUGCCUUUAUGUAAGGUUUUGAUACUGGUCAUCAUUUACCCCGUUUAAAUUAACGUAAAUGGCAUGAUUAUUUGAAUUGAAAAGAUCACAAACUUGUCCUAAUUUCACAUUAAAUAACUGCUAUUUUCAGUACCUUCUCUCUAUAUAAAGUCAUAUGCCAAUUCAUUUCUCUCACCCCAAACCAUCAUAAAACAAUACAACAGAGAUAAAAGAGGAAAACAAAAACAUGAAGAAUCAAGUUUGCUCCAGCAUCCUUCUCCUUAGUCUUCUCUUUCUUGUCAUAAGCAGUGCAGAAUCUCAGACCUGCAAGCCCAGCGGCAAGAUAAGGGCUAGAAAGCCUCCCCCAGGACAAUGCAACCAAGAAAACGACUCAGAUUGCUGCGAAGAUGGCAAGCUUUACACUACUUACAAAUGUUCACCGCCAGUGAGCAGCCACACAAAAGCAAAGAUAACAGUGAACAGUUUCGAAGCUGGUGGUGAUGGGGGUGCACCAUCUGAGUGUGAUAAUAAAUUCCAUUCAGAUAAAGAGCUGGUGGUAGCACUUUCCACAGGAUGGUUUGACAACAAGAGUAGGUGCUUGAACUAUAUUACCAUCCAUGGAAAUGGAAAAAGCGUCAAGGCCAAAGUAGUUGAUGAGUGUGACUCCACCAUGGGAUGUGAUUCUGAUCAUGAUUAUCAACCUCCUUGCCGUAACAAUAUUGUGGACGCCUCCAAAGCAGUCUGGAAUGCCUUGGGAGUCUCUGACCCUGAUGAUGUGGGAGAAAUGGACAUAUACUGGACCGAUGCUUGAGCAGUUGAGCUUGAGGGAUCCCUAUAUGCUUCUCUAAUAUAAUUCUCAUUCUCCAUGUACUAUUCUCUUGUUUAUAGAAUGAUACAUGUAUUUUAUAUUUGUACCAUAUAAAUGCAUUAUUGUGCCAUAUUUAUAAAGACCCAAUUAUAUAUAUAU